AUGACUAAUGAAUAUGAAGAUAUGGACACAAAUGAGUUCCAAGGGAUUAACGAUUUUCAAGAAAAAAAUAGACACUUGAAAACAUUCGUCGCAAUGCAGGAUGCGAUUUGGGAUGGUUCUCAUAAAAAUAAUAAAAAUAAAAUAUUGUUUGAUCCGACUCUGAGAGAAAAACUUGUUAAUAAUAUUGUGAACUUCGUGGAAAAACAUAAGUUCGAUGGUAUCGACCUCCAAUCGCAAUAUCUAACUCAAGAGAAUGCAGAUGAUUCUGAUAAGCAGAAUUUCGUUUUACUCUUGAAGGCACUUAAAGAAAAGUUCGAUAAAAAGGGUUUAAUUUUAGCUUUAGCAGUUGAAGGCAUAGAAUCAAUUGCUGAGAGAUAUGAUAUUAAAGGAAUAUCGAAGUAUGUAAGCUUUAUAAAUUUGAGAGCUUACAAUUUACACGGAGAUCUUUACACAAAUGGAAAAAUACUGAAAUCUGGUCAUCUUGCUCCACUGUACCAUUCAUCCAGAGAAAAUGUGGCGGAUCAAAACCUGAAUGUUGAUUCCAUUGUGAAAUACUGGAUUUCGAAAGGUGCUCCGCCAAACAAGUUAAUACUAGGAACUACUUUCAAGGGAAUGUCCUAUACUUUAGUCAAUGCCAACGAAGUUGGCAGGGAUCCACGAUUUGUCGAUGAUGUGAAAUAUAGGUCAUCAACGACAAGCUAUAUGGAUACUUGCCCAAAUGAAAAAAAUCCUGGAUGGAAACUAAUCUACGACAAAGAACAACAGGUUCCAUAUAUCUACCAAGGGAAGGAUGUGAUUGGCUAUGAAAAUGUUGCCUCCAUCAAGAAAAAGGCUGAAUAUGCUAUGAGUAUGAACCUCGCUGGUGUAUUCGUGGAUAGUUUAGAAGACGAUGAUUUCAUUGGAGCCUGUGGAGGAGGGAAGUACCCACUUCUGAAGACUGUGAAGCAAGUCCUCAAAAAAUGUUAA